AUGGCCGCCCUAAACAGGUGGACGGCCCAGAAGCGAGAUAUCGAGAUGCAGAAGAACAUGGGUAAGGCGACCUACAUGGGCGGCGCUUUGCCUGACACCGCGGCCUAUGGGCCCUACAAGCAGAAUAAGCGGCCCAAGAUCGCUUCCGAGGUGAAAACUGUCAAGGAGUGCGAGCACUGGCGACAGGAUAUUCUUCGCGGAGUGGCGAAGAAGAUCGCCGAGAUCCAGAAUGCAGCCCUAGGUGAGCACCGCAUUCGCGAUCUCAACGACGAGAUCAACAAGGAUCUGCGCGAGAAGGGCUACUGGGAGGAUCAGAUCAAGGCGCUUGGAGGUGCAGAUUACAAGUCUCAGCCCAAGCGGGAUGUAGAGACCUACGGCGCCGAGCUAGCUGCGCACAGUGGCUAUAAGUACUUCGGUGCCGCAAAGGACUUGCCCGGUGUGCGGGAGCUCUUUGAGACGGAGGUCAUCCCAGAUGCCCCGCGCAAGACAAGGAAGCAGCUCUUCCUCCAUAUUCAGCCAGAUUAUUACGGCUGGCGAGACGAAGAGGAUGGUAUGCUGCUCUUGGAGGAAAAGAUGGCAGAAGAAGAGGCUGUCAAAAAGCUCCAGGCGGAGUGGAAAGCCGAGCAAGUUGUAAAGGCUUCGAAAAAGCGAAAGGCUCCAAAGGACGCCAAGGACAAAGAAGAGGCUGCAAAGGAAGACAAGCCCGAGGAGGAGGCCAAGCCCAAGGAGCCGGAAGUAGAGAAGCCAAAGGGCCAGGACUUCGCCGACUUCAAGGCUUAUGUGGAUGUCCCCACCAUGCAAGACAUCGAGCGGCUCAUCGUGCAGAAGAAGAAAGAGACGCUUCUGAAAAAGUAUGCGCCAGAACAAACUGAAUCAAAAGAUUGA